AACAAAGCAGCAGAGACGGCCAUUACAUUUCCCCUUUGCGGUAAAAGCUUUCUGGUAAGAGAUCUUGGAUCCUCUAAAAGGGUCGAGAUUUGACCUUUCUUUUCCUUUUCGGCCGUAUAAAAAGAGGUCGAUUCGCUGAAAUCGCUUCAGAGAUCUUCGAUCCGAGGCUUCUUUCUGCAUCAACCCGUUGGUUUAAACCAUGGGUGUGGAGAUGGUGGGAGCUGAUUUUACACAAGGACAGACAAGGGAUGGUAUCCAAGAAAAUGUUGAUAUUGUGAAACCAAAUCAGGGAUCAGAACCUGAAGAAACUAUCAAAUUUGGUAUUGUGGAUGGUGCAAAUGGUACAACAAAUGGACCCACCAAGAGCGAAGCUGAUCCUGCUAGCAAUGCCAACUUCCCCAAGGAUGCACUCGACGAGUGGCCUGCACCAAAGCAAAUUCAUUCUUUCUAUUUUGUCAGGUUUAGGUCCUAUGAAGACCCGAAGCUGAAAGCUAAACUUGAUCAGGCUGAUAAGGAGAUUCAGAAGAAGAAUCAAGCUCGUUUUCAGCUAACUGAAGCAAUAAAGGCAAAAAGGUCAGACCGAGCAGCUGUGAUUUCACAACUGAAGCCGUUAACUGCAGAGGAUAGACGGUACAAAAUGAUUUUGGAUGAGAAGAGAAAGGAAUUGGAACCGCUUCAAGCUGCUCUGGGCAAGCUCCGUAGUGCAAGCAACACUGCCAGAGAGAAGGGUGUGGGCUUAUGCUCUUCAGAGGAAGAGCUUAAUGAUCUUAUUGCUAGCUUGCACUAUCGCAUGCAACAUGAGAGCAACACCUUAGUCGAGGAGAAGCAGUUGCUUCGAGAAAUCAAACAGCUUGAAGGGACCAGGGAUAAAGUUAUUGCCAGUGCUGCUAUGAAGGCAAAGAUCCAAGAUUCACUAGGUCAAAGAGAUGCUAUUCAGGACCAGGUCAAACUUAUAGGUGGUAAUUUGGAUGGGGUGAGAAAGGAGCAGCAAGCAGUUAGGACGAAAAUAAAGCAUCUAGAGGAAGAAUUGAAUGCCAUAGACAAUGAGAUUGCUUCCAUGCAGGAGGAAUUGACAGCUCUGAGCCAGAAAAGGGAUAAAGCGUAUGAAACACUUAAUGAAUUGAGAAAACAGCGUGAAGAAGGGAAUACAUACUACUACCAAAACCGUUCGCUCUUGAACAAUGCCAAAGAUCUUGCGGCAAAGAAGGACAUAGCGGCACUGGAGGAGCUUUCUCAUGCAGAGAUGAAGAAAUACAUGUCACUAUGGAACAGUGAUAAGGCCUUUCGAGAUGAUUAUGAGAAAAGGAUCUUACCAUCUCUUGACAGCCGACAAUUGAGUCGUGACGGUCGGAUGAGGAACCCUGAUGAGAAACCAAUAGUUUCAGAGCUACCAACUCCUACUGAAACAGAGGCACCACCAGUGAAAGCUAACAUAAAGCGAACAAAGGAACCUGUUAAUGCCCCUCUGGAGCAUGAACCUGUCUCCAUCAGUACGGUUCCAAAAGAAGGCAUUAAUAAACCAACAGAUGUGGUAGUGAAAGCAAAGGGGAAUGUCUCUGAGGACACUGAGGACUUCUACAUGCCUGAAAAGCCAAAGGAGUCUCCGGCAACCAACGGUAUUGAUGCAGCAAAGUUGAAGGAGAUGAAAAGAGAAGAGGAGAUUGCCAAGGCCAAGCAAGCUUUAGAAAGGAAGAAGAAGUUGGCGGAGAAAGCAGCAGCAAAGGCUGCUAUAAGAGCUCAAAAGGAAGCUGAAAAAAAGCUCAAGGAGCGUGAAAAGAGAGCUAAGAAGAAGGCAGGGGUAUCAGCACCUGCUGCUGAUGCUGACGUGGUUGAAGAGGAGAAAGAUGCUGAAAAUGACCCAGAAAAAACCGAAGCGAACGUUGAAGCUCCAGUUCUGCCGAAGGGUAAAGAACCAAAGGAGACAGUCAGGUUCAGAAACCGGUCGAAAGCCAAGGAGCCACUUCCAAAGGGCAUCACCCUAAAGAGGAAGAAGUCGCCUUCAUACUGGGUAUGGGCUGCUUCCGCUUCUGUAGCAUUAGUUCUGAUACUUGCUGCACUCGCAUACUACUAUUUUCUCUGAAAAAAGAAGAAACUAGCAUUUGCUUUUAGACAGACAGAGGAUGUGGUAGUGGGCCAAUUUUCCAGUUGAAGAGAUUGUAAGAGAGACUGGCGUGGUCCUUGCACUAGUAAUGGACUUUUAAAAAAAAAAUUAUUCUUUCUUUUUCUUUACAUCCUGUGUGAAGGGGAUGCAGACAACUGCAUUAUGUUCCUUAUACCUCUUGUAGUGUUGAGAUUUAGGCCGACCGAACAUGUCUAGGUAUUGUGGUAGCUGCUGUGGUUUGUGUUCCUUUGGAUAUUGUGACUUCAUAAUCCUUCAAUGUUGGACGUCUCUGUUGGUUAUUCUUUUCA